CUGCCCACGGCCCCGGCGGGAGCCGGCUGCGCCUCCUGCCCCACCAGUGGCGGCCGCCUUGAGACCAGAAGAUCUGCAAACCAGUGCCAUUUUCAUGCUGCCCUGGGGAGAAUCCACUGACUGUGGUCAGCUGGUGCUUAGCCACAGUGGCUUGUGGUAGUACCAAGUGUCCUGGGAGUCUCAGCACUGACUAGAUCAGCUGAUGGCAACAAGGAACACAUGUGGAAGCCAGCAACUGAUUUCGCAACAAUGAGAUGCCUCACCCACCCACUGCUCAGGAGGUUGUUGGGUCUUUCACCUCGGUGCAUGCCAGGGGGAUUGAGUCAAAAUAAAGGUCCUAUCCUCAGUCCAAAGUGGUCAUCUCUGAGGCAGAGCUGCAGUGCAAGACCUGGGCUCGUGACUGCCACUGAUGUGGUCAACUACUGGCAGAAAGUGUUUGAGACAAAUGGGAUCCCUGAAGCACGAGAAUCCAGUGAAUAUAUCGUGUCAUUUGUCCUGGGAGCAAAAACAUUUCAGAGCUUGAAUUCCAAAAGCCUCCACACUCCGCUUACAGCAGUGCAGCAGGAGCAAAUCCAGCAGCUGAGCAACAAGCGACUAGAAAGAAUGCCGGUGCAGUAUGUGCUUGGUGAGUGGGACUUUCAGGACCUGACUCUGAAGAUGAGACCUCCAGUAUUUAUUCCUCGGCCUGAAACAGAGGAUCUCGUCUCUUUAGUUGUGGAGGAGGAAUCUCGGAAAUGUGAGAAGAAUUUGGGCCUCUGCUUCCCAGUUUCUGUCCCUCAUCCUGUGAUCCUGGAGAUCGGCUGUGGCUCUGGAGCAAUUGCUCUGAGUCUGUUGUGCAAACUGCCACAGAGCCGAGUGAUAGCCAUGGAUAAAGAGGAGGCUGCUGUGGAUCUCACCAGGGAGAAUGCACAUAGGCUGCAACUCCAGGAGAGGAUCCACAUCCUCCACAGUGAUGUUUCAUACAGUUCUGCCAAGCAGUUGCUACUCUGGGGCCCCAUAGACUUCAUAGUCAGUAACCCCCCAUAUGUCUUCCAUGAAGACAUGGCUUCCUUGGACACCGAAAUCCUCCGCUAUGAGGACCUUGAUGCACUGGAUGGAGGAGAUGAUGGGAUGAGGGUCAUCAAAACAAUUCUGGCUCUGGCUCCUUCUCUUCUGAAGGAUUCUGGGAGUGUGUUUCUGGAAGUUGAUCCCAGACACCCAAAUAUGGUGGAGAACUGGCUACAGGCACACCCCAACUUACUACUUGUCCUCCGUGCCAUUCACAAGGACUUCUGUGGCAAGCCUAGGUUUCUGCACAUCCAAAACCAAAGCAGAUGACAGCUGUACCAGAAAUAACUCUUCUUGCAGUAUGCUUUUUGCUGGUGAGCCCUGCUGAACAGCUUGUUGAAAACUGCGUGGCAAAAGGAAUCUCCGCUUUGUUCCCCAGUGCAUUGAACUCUCUAUGCCGUGGCAGACCCCCUGUUUCCUGAUACAGACUUCAUCCAGAGAUGCAGAAGUUCAGCAGAGCAUGCAGAAGUGUUUCACCUUCCUCAGGGAACUGCAUGCAACUUUUUAGUUUGCUCUGCUCAAGUGACUCAUUAAUCUCAGGACCCAAUAUGGAAGAGUUCACAGCUCCAGAUACUUCAUUAAAAAUAUGACUUCUCAACAUGUCAGAUCACCCAUUUGACCUAGAAAGAAUUUGACUCUUCUUUUUUUGGCCUUGAGAUAAAUUUAUAUAGGAUGUGACCAGAUUGGAUGAUAGGUCCAAACUCUGGCUUAUAUUGGCCCAUGGAUUUGCAGGUAUAAUGGGACAUGACUAAACUGCACAUUUCAAAUUCAGUUCUAUUCCAGGAUCCUGAUGCUCUGGAGUAGAUCUCCAACAGUAAAGCAGCCUUUGUUUCCCAGUCCUGCUGAGUGACAUGUUGUUGAAGGAUCAGUGCACAUGUUACACCAUCUGAAUCUACAGCACCUGACACUUGGUGGAUGCUGCCAGAAACAAUCAAAACAUUGUAAUAAAGAGUGCUUCAGAUCACUGUCCUUACAAGAAUUGUGGUGCGAUUACGUUUUCAAACAUGCUAGCAGAUCUGAAUAAACAUCUGGCACCCACACGUUACUUCUGAUGGUAAUAGAAAUGCCUAACUUCCAUGUAAGGCAUUUGAAUGCAAGACUUUACAGAGAAGGCCAGAAUCGCUACUCCAGUUUUGCAGAUGGAGAAGCUGAAAAACCAGAGGUGAAAUGACUUGUACAAAAUUUGACAACAAGCUAAGUUUGGAGUAGGACCCAGUCUCUUGACAGCCGUGGGAAUAGCUGAGGUCUGUUUCUUUGGGAAGGAUGACUCAGAGUAGGGCUGCCUGAAGGAACACUGAGAGAAGUCCCUGUAAUGGACAAUCAACAUCAUGACAUUAUAAAUAAUGGCAGGAUUAAAUUCAAGCUGCUGCUUGUUGUUGCUGCUGUUUCCGGUGUUGCAAGUUCCCUUCCUGACCAUAGCUAGCCAGGGAAGGAAGGAAAGAAAGCAAAUGAAAGGAUCUGGUCUACCAGUCUGAAUGGAAGCAGUUGCUGGGCCAGUGGAGGUGAGCACUCAGUAGGGGUGGAAGUGUCCAGACAGUGACCUGUGCAGUCUGUGUGCGCCAGGGAGGUGCUAUCAGGCUCUCUGUCCAGGCUGAACUCGGAGUGCAUAGCCAGAAACGUUAGGCAGGAGAUGCAUCAGCAAACUGCAUCUGUUCAGAAGACUGCAGCAGAUUCAGAGGGCUUUACAUGAGCACUAAUAUAUCUAGUCCCUUUCCCCUCUACCUCUCCCACACUCGCAUUCCCCACUCUUUUAUUUGCUCUUUAACUCUUGAACAUUGGCCCUGCUUUUCCACAGAUACCCAAGCUCUCUCUGAUGUACCAGUGCUCGGGUCUCCCGUUGGAUCUUUUCCCCACCCUCUGGGCUUUUACAGCUCUGUUCACAGACUGGCCUUUCACCCCCAUCUUACCACUCACACUGCACUUAUCCUCCCCACUGCUCUACGCACCCCAGUAGUUUGCCAUGUCCCGUACACUCUUUACUUGAAGUUAUGAGCCUUCUCUGGACCGCAGUACCUGCCCUGGUUAAACACAGUAGAGGAAAUCUAGGGAAGGAGAGAACUAAAAAAGUUCAGUUAAAGUGCACUUGAUCCUAGCUUUGGACAUAAAGUUCCAGCACAGCUCGCAGUUUUGCCUGCUAGAGCUGUGAGUAGAAAUUGUAGUCAAAGACGGGUUAUUUUGUUUGUGGUUUGUUUUUUUUUCCAUAGUAGUUUAGGGUCUUUUUUUAAGUUCAGUUUGUCAGACUGUUUAAAAAUUAAAUUUAAAGAAAUGAGUUCACAGAUUUCGUCUGGGUGUUAGCAGUGUUUAUGUAUGAAACAGAGCAACGUGCACAGCUUACUUCUGCAGGAUACUUUAAAAGUUGGAUAGUGUACUGGCUUAUGAGGGUGUUAAAUGGCAUCAUAUUGCAUUCUUCAAGGGGUAGGCUGAUUCCCUGCAGCAGGCUAGAGUUACAUGUCCCUCUGAGAGUGCUGGUGGCUGGGCUGCAGAAAGCAGUGCGCCUUUUCUCGGAAGCAUCGAUCAGUCACUUGUCUGAGCAGGACACUUUCUCUGUGAGAUAGACUCUUGGUCUAAUCCAGUAGGACAAGUGUUAAAUUCCUAUAUUUAUAGCUAAAGCAAUAAUAAAAAUGCUUG